AUGGCAGACAGCAUAGGCAUAGUCAUUGACAGGGCCUGUCAGGAUCCGGAAGGCAAAACUGACGAGGAGUCCUGCAGCCGCUUGAAGCUGCACCUGCGGCACUUUGCAGCCGAUCAGUGCACAUCUGCCCGGAAGUGUGGAAGGUUGUUGGUCACUGGCGGCCAGUAUCCUAACCUGGUCUGGGUAAGCCAUGAUCCUGCGCACCAGGUUCGUAUUGCCUACCCGGACCCUCUUCACGCCAUGCCCGAGUUCCAAGACCAGUGGGAGCGUUUGUUUGCUCCCGGCAAGGGCAAGCAUGCGCUUAUCCCGGACAUCCAGAACUCAGAAGUCUGGAAGGCCAGGCUCAUGGCGGCCCAGCAAGAGGUUCUCAGGCUCCAUGGCUCCCAGGCUGGUGUGGAGAAGGUGAUCCGAGCGUUGUCGUUCUCCCAACCUCGGUUUGACUCGUCGGCCACUCCAAUGCUGAAGUACUUGUGCAUGAUUCGUGCGAUGGCGGUCUUAUGUGCUAUGCAGGCUGCUGACGAGAGAAACACGGUCGUGAUUCGCUCCCGAGCAGAGCGCGCCUUGCAAAACAUGAAUGCAGCAGCCCUCAUGCGCUGUGGACUCACUUGCGACUACACAUCUGAGUGCCUGGGUUUCUUGCGCAGGAACUUUGACAUUGAGGAUCCAGAUGUAUCCUGCACCCCCAGAGUGCUGGAAGAGUUCACCAAGCGCCAGCGGUUCUUAUGUGUGGAUGGAUACAUCCUCUCCGACAGCUCGCAGGUUCCCAGUUCCGUGGACGGCUCCGAGGCUCCAGGCUCCCAGGCUCCCAGGAGGUGUGCAACCCAGUUAGUUUACGAGGAGAUUCAGACACCAGAGCCGAUCUUCUAUGGCAACAGAGUCCACUACCUGUGCACGAAUGCCGGCAUUUCUGAUGUAAGGCAGAUCAUGGGAACUAUGGCGCACGUGGUCGAGGCGAUGCUGGAGCGUUUGCGAGUAGAUCUGACGGAGGAUGAGAUCGCCGUGGCUCUGCAGGUGUUCAACCUUCGGCUGUGGCAGGAGACGAACCGACAACAGGAGCUAGUGGAAUCUACACGCAAGCUCUGUGAUAUGCUCAAGCUUUCGCCCGGUACAGCCGUGCUGUUUGGACGAUUUGCUCGCAAAUUGCAUCCUCUUCUCGAAGCAGCUAAGUCAAAGGACCCAGGCUUCGGGAACAAGCAUGCGUGGUCUUGGUCGCUUCGGCCAGAGUGGCGUGCACGGCAUGCACACAAACUUCCAUGGACAGAGGAUUGUCAUGCCCUCAUUGCUUUCUUCUUGUCCUUGAAGAUCAACACGACCACGCUGGUUCGCUUGUGUUCCAGCGCAGGGGAGAUUGCGAAGAGGCGCAAUCUUGCUUCAGAGAAAGUCAAGGCACUCGGGCACCCUGGCCUGUCCGACACCUUUUGGACAUUUGCAAAGACUGUCCAGCUGCUCAAGGUCGAAAAAGUCCAGGAUGUUGAGGAACAGAACUUGAGGUACAACAACACCUUGUACAACAAGGCCUUACACCAGGCUGCCACAGCAGCUGUUGCAGUGCUGCGGGGUCCAUCCGGUCCCGUGGAGAAGGCUGCCCGGAGAUUGGAGCUGGAAUUUGGGCGGGGAAUCUUGAGCAGUCAGUACUCGAAGUUGAGCAAGCUGUUAUCGCUGACCAACAAGCUCGCAUCUGCUACCAGAAACGCUGUAGACCUGACGGCCUGGAUGAUCGACUCCUUGACGCUGGCCCUGCGCAUGAACAUGGUCACGCCAGCUAAAUGCACCGAGAAGUUUCUGGAUCGAGACCGGAAGACAGGCGAUUCUGGCUUUUGGUUGUCGCGCAUGCUGGUGGUGCAGGUCUUCGAUUAUGCAGCAAAGCUGGCGAACAAGUGGCCUGAGCCGGACAAGGUUAAGCUGACAGGGAUUUUGGCUGAACUCCGUUGCCCUUCCACAUGUUGGGAGAAAUAUCUCUGCCAUGCUGAUGCUGAUCAAGGGGCUGCUGGAGAGGACGACAUGGACGGCGAGGGCCCAGAGGACGUGGAGCGCCCUGUUCCGCAGUCCAAGAUUGGAGCUGUUAAAGAGGGUUUCAACAAAGCCAUUGGCAUGCUUUUGGAUUUGCUGCUGGAGCGGAUGUCGGGGAAGUACUACAAGGAUUGCUGCAUGCUGGCUUCGAGUGAAGAUGGCCUUGCAAAGGCAUUGACAGCUGCACAGCUUGGAAGCUCGGAUGACACGGAGCACGAGGAGCCAUGUGCGCUUAUCACUCAGAUGAAGAUCAUUGUCGACAAGUUCGACAACAGCACGAAGUCCGUUGGUGCCACAUCUGCGGCUCCUGCUCCGAGUUUGCUCCAAAGCCUGGCCAAGGCUUCUGAAGCUGACACACCCGAGGAAUGUGUCGAGCGUGAGCGGCAGUGGAAGGCGGUGCAAACGGAACGCCGCAAGUUCGUGUCGUUCUCGGUACCGAACAAGAUCUCGAAGGACUGCCUAGUCAAUGCGUUCAGAGGUUGCGGCAAGGUCUUCACGCACAAGGGCACCUUAAACUCUUCGCACCGCCUGAUCGUUGCCAGUGCGGAUCUCUUGGCAGAGGCUGGUACCGACCCGUGGCUCAAGGGCACUCCGCCAAGCGAGGAAUGGAAAGAGAUCUGUGCCUUUGCCAAAGACAUUUCUGGGCCCGAGGAUUUCGUCGUACUCUUCGACGGCAGAAUGCGGGAAAUUCGCCGCGUGUCCGAAGACCUCCUGCUGAACCAGCAGCACACCGAGGAGUGCACCAUCGUGUACUCAGGUGGGUGCCCGCCGAGAACUGGUCGCACUCGCCGCGUUCCGCUGGCUGCAAAGAAGGUGGAGACAGGAGCGGUUAAGUUCCCGGUCGCACGCACCAAGAUUCAGACGACGAAGAAAGGCUCCUUCACAGUCUGCGGCGAGGCUUCUACGUACCAAGGCACUUACUCAGGCGUGGAGUACCGUGCGGUUUCUGAAAUGCCCCUCGUGUCUGCAGACACCAAGAAGAAGAUCAUUGCUCCGGCAACAACCGGCGACCUCCCGACACCGCCAGAGGACUGGCAGGAUCGCCACGGCUCCGACGUACCCUUGUUCUGGAACGAGUCGAAGCCGAUAGCAUAUUGGAAUGCCAUCAUUGAGGAGUUUUGCGCGGAGGCAGUGUUUGACCUCACGGCUGGCACCGGUGCUCUGAUGGAGGCUUCUUUGACUGCCGGCAUCGCAUACCACGGGUUAUUCCAAGGAAUUUUCCAAGCUACGAUUUCCCUCAGCCCGACGUGGAACUUCCCUGAUGCUGUGCUGAAGAAGAGCCUUUUGCAUAUCUUGAAAAUGGAGGACCCAGCAAGCUAG